AUGCGUCUCUCAGCCCUUUUUGUUGAAGUACUUUCACUAGCAACGUCUUUGGCCUCAGCGGCAGCCAUCGACAAGCGCCAAGCUGCCACAAAAGUAUACACCUUCUCCUCUCCUAAAUCGGCUGAAGGAAUCGCUGCUCGGUCGAACGGACAGCUUCUGGUCUCGUUCUUCGAGAAAGCUGAGGUGUGGUCUCUCGAUCCAGUGACACAGAAAGCAGCCAAGAUUGCGUCGUUUACAGAUGCGACAUGCGCUGCCGGCAUUACUGAGAUUGCACCGGACGUCUUUGCCGUCGUUGCCGGGCAGGGCAUUUGGAAAAUCGACCUUACGAGUGGUACCGCGAAGACAACACUUAUCAAGAAAGUUCCGGAGUCGGAAAUGUGGAAUGGUCUCACUACUCUCAACAAUGACACCAUCCUGAUUGGUGAUGCACUGAAGGGUGCUAUCUUCCGAAUGAACGUGAACACUGGCGAUUACAGCAUUGCUAUUCAGGAUCCCACAUUAGUUAAGUCAUCUAGCGGAAUUCCGAUGGGUAUUGAUGGACUUCGUUACUUCAAUGGGACCGUGUACUUCACCAACAUCUCCAAGAACACGCUCUUGAAAGUUCCCGUUGACCAGACUGGAAAGGCUACUGGAGCUAUUACAACAAUUUGGUCAACGACUCAGGCAGAUGACCUCGCCAUCGGCCCGGAUGGGUCUGCGUACGUUGCUGCUGGAAGCAAGAUUCAGAAAGUGACGGCCGAUGGAAAAAUUAGCACGGUCCCAGGAUCCGUAUCCAGUUCGACCUCGUGCACGCUUGGCAGGACGGACACCGAUAAGAACACGCUAUAUGUGGCCUCAUCAAAUGGUCAAAUUUCCUCCAUCAAGGUAUAA